AUGAAGAUCUGGAGUGUGGUGAUGCUGAUGUGUGCAUUGAUGCUGAGAAGUGCAUCCUCCAUGCCGCUGGUUCUACAGAACCCAAACCAAGCCGGAACCCAAACCUUACACUACACAGAACCACACAGACAAUAUUCUCAAAGACUGGACCUGCUUUAUCAGGACCCACAGAGAAAAACAUACACUUCUGAGCCCAAAGAUCUGCCUGACCACCAUACAAACAAACAUCUGGAACCACCAACUUUUUCAGACAGUUGGGCGACACACCAUUCAGGCUUCGUCCACAGAAUGAAGAGAUCUCCAAAACUGAGAAGGUUUCUACAUAGGAUGGCGGUGAAUAGAAAGAGACCAAGCCGUGAGGAGAGAGAGAGAGGAAGAGGAGGGAAAGAACGAGGAUGUGCGCUAAGACAAGUCCAGAUGAAAGUGUCUGAUCUGGGUUUGGGCUACAAGAGUCAGGAAGAGUUGAUCUUCAGCUACUGCAGCGGUGUGUGUACAAACUCACUCACAAACUACGACAAAAUCCUCACCAGCCUCAUGGCCAAUGGUAAAAAACGACUGCGUAACUUCCCUCCCACAGCCUGCUGCCGACCAAUCGAGUACGAUGGCGACCUGUCAUUUUUGGAUGAUAACCUGAUAUACCACACCAUGGAGAGGCACUCCGCACGGAAAUGUGGAUGUGUCUGA